AAACAAACCAACGAUGUAUCAAGAAAUUCCAAUAAAAUUCGAAUCCAAAGUCUCAAAAUACCUCGAUGACCAACGAAAAACUGGAACAUUCUGCGACUUAAAAAUUGAACUCCAAUCUGGCAUCUCAGCCUGGGGUCAUUUCUGUGUUAUUGGAGCUCAAAGUGAAUUCAUUGGCGGUCGUCAUUUCUUACAAAAAUCUUUACAAUUCUCCAUUCACAAUCCGUUGAAAAUAAAAAUACACAAUUUCUCAUGCACUGAAUGUUUACAAACAAUCAUUGAUUUCUUUUAUCAAGAUGUUGUGUCUAUUAAUCAAGACCAUGAAGAUCAUUUCAAGAAAUUAGCCAAGAUUCUUUCGGUGAAAGAACUUUUAAAAGUCUUUUGCAUUGAAGAAGGAAAAGAAGACGAACAAGAGACACCAAAACAAGGUGAUGUCAAUGUUGUCAUUGAGAAUCUCUUUGAGGAGAAACAGAAUUAUUUUAAGGUCCGGAAUCCCAAAGCUGUCAAUAAUGGAGCUCAUAGCAAAAUCAACUAUUGCAUCGGUUGUGACUUUAAAUGCUACAAAGUCCAAGAGAUGGUUGAUCACAUGACAACCUGUUCUGUAUCCAAUCUCACUUGUUGUCUUUGUGAGGUUGGAUUCUUCUCAAACAAAGACUUCGAUGAGCAUCUCAGGAAACAUGUCGACUCAAAACCAUUCUUUUGUUUUGAAUGCGAUUCGAGAUUCCUCACAAAAACCGCUCUUAAUGUCCAUCAUCCCAAACAUUCUAUUGAAACUCCAUACGUUUGUCCUCAUUGCUCCAAAGGUUUCAAAUGGAAACAGGGCCUAACCAGUCACUUGCAGAUCCACAAAAAAGAAAAAGAGAUGCUCUGUGAUGUGUGUGGUUACAGUACAACUCACAUGAAAGCCUUAAAGUCCCACAAAUUGACUCAUACUGGGGAACUCUUUAAAUGCACCUACCCAGAUUGUACACACACAACAAAUCGAAAAGAGAAUCUUAAAAUUCACAUGGAUACCCACAAACAGGAGCGUCCGUUUGUCUGUGAGGUGUGCGGGUACAAAUUCAGUCAGAAUAAGAAUUUGAAACGCCACGCUUUGAAGCACGCUGAAAACACAAAGCGACAUAAGUGUCAAUUGUGUGAUUUUGAUACUCAUCGAUCGGAUAAGUUGAAGGAACAUGUUCAGAGGAUUCAUACGGAGAAGGCUGUCCAAUUGGAACUUCCAGAAACAGUGGCGAAUUCAUUUGAGUUGAAAACUGGUCUGGAUGAUUUUCCACUUCCUGAUUUGCGGAAGGAGGUUGUAAAGAAGGUUCCAGUUAAGAGAAAGCCAAGAAAGAAACCCGAGUUUGUUAAACCUAAGAAACCGAGGAAACUCAAGCCAAAAGCUGAGGAAGUAAAUCAGCAGGAAUGUGUAAAGGAGAAUGCCUCGAGAACGAACACAGUCGCAGUAAAGGAAGGAGUUUGAAUCGAAGAAGUGUGAAGGCUAGUGUGGCCUUACCAGAUGACACCUUAUUCGAACAAAGAAUAGAGACUAUACGGGGACAUGAUUAAAUGACAUCCCGAUCCAGAUGAAGAUGUGUGUUCUAAUUUGGACUCCCUAGGAACAAGAAACAGCAACUGAUCAGUAGCGUACCAGACAAAAUUUUGAAGGGCGCUCACCGGUAAAUUUUUUCAGCAAUUUGUUUGUUUGUAUUCCUUUUGUUUAGGCUAAUAAAAUAAAUUAAGUCAGAAA